AUGGCAGAAAUCAUUGCUCUUUGUGCUGGACAUAUUUUGCAGACUUUAAAGCAUUCCCUACAAGCAGGCUUUGUUGAUCCUGUCCCAGCUAGACUUUCUGUUGAUGUCCUCAAUUACAACUUUGCUGAUUUGCAAGUGAGACAUUGCCUGGUGUGCAAUUCUACACCUGAAAGAUACACUUGGUUGCAAAUGCCAAUUUUUCAAACUAUGGUAGUCCUCAUCACUAUCUAUUGUCAUGUUGAUCCUUAUUGGAAAAGACUUUUGGGAUUGUUUGAAUAUGUAACAGUCGCACUACGCACUAAAAUUAUUGUAGUCAGAUCAAUUGAUGAGCGCGCGCCGCUGGCAUGCUAG